CAAAUCUUUAAAAAAAGUUGUACUGAUUGUAUUAUAUUGUCGUUUUGGGAAAAUAUUCUUUCAUCUGUUGCCAUCUUUUAUAUUGUGUCCUCUCACCACUGCAAUGGCCUGUGUACAGCAAGUUAGAACCUCUCAGGAGACUCAGCUGUUGCCCAAUCAGGUGCUCUCCGAGCAGCAGUCCCUGGUUGUCAUGAAGAAGCUUCUGGCCAUCGCAGUGUCCGGCAUCACAUACCUCCGGGGCCUUUUCCCAGAGAAAGCCUAUGGCAGCAAAUAUGUUGCAGAUCAGAAAGUGAUGAUCAUUAAAGAGGAGCGCAGCUGUCCCGGUGCCAGUCAGAUGGUUCAAUGGAUGCAGGGGUGCUUUGAGGCCAUCCAGAAGAAGUAUCUGCGGAGCGUCAUUAUGUCUAUCUACACUGACCCAGAGAACCCUCAGAAAGUGACUGAGUAUUACCAGUUCAGGAUCCAUUACACUGCAGAAGGAGCACAGAUGGACUUUGAAAGCAACAACGAUAGCAAGGUGUCGGCGAUGUCAUCCGGCAACACGAAGAAGGCCAGCACCCUGCUGGUGAGGAAGCUCUACACUCUGAUGCAGAACCUGGGUCCUCUGCCAGACAACAUCUGCCUCAACAUGAAGCUGGCUUACUACGACAACGUCACUCCUCAGGACUACCAGCCGCCCGGCUUCAAGGAGGCCGACGGCGACACCCUGGAGUUUGAGAAAGAGCCGGUGAAACUCACCAUGGGCGAGGUGGUCACUCCCUUCCACACUUUGAAGCUGGACAUGGCCACAGAGAGACAGAGACUGGAGCAGGUGGAGGAGAGCGCUCAGGUGACAGAGAAGUGGGUUCUGAAGAUGGAGGAGGAGGGCGUCAUGUCGCAGACUCAUGUGAUUGAAGACGUGGAGAAGCCCGACAGCGAGGACAUGGACUUGGACAACACCGAGAUCCAGCUGAGCUGUCAUGAGAAGAUCGAGAGCUGCGAGGAAGCCACAGAGAUGGACUCAGAGGUGAAGAAGUCCCCCGGUGCUGACGGCCGAAGGAGGACCAGGAGUGGACGGAUCUUCAAGUCCGUUACGCAGCCGACAACGAUGAAGGACAAAAGUUUCUCUCAGUACGAAAUCCCCAACAGCCAGGACACGCCGUCCACCUCCGCGCAGAAGAAGAGGCGCAAAUUCAGCGAGCCCAAGGAGCGCUUCUGACCUCGCCCCGCUGCGCUGAAGUACACGUUUACAUUACAUGUUUUUAAAUUUAUAUUCUGACUGCACAACAAG